CUCCCUAUCUGUAAAAUGGAAAGCGUCUGUCCAGUCAGUGACAGACAAAGGGAGAGCUUGAAAAUGGCAAUGGCUUGGAGGCUUCCUACCCAGCUGCCAACACCCGGAAACCUCCAUCAUUAUGACUCCAAAACGCUGUCGUUCCCAGCCUCACUCUCAUGGUGCCGGACUUUAGCUCCGGACCAUCUCCUUCCUUCGUCAUCUUCUUCCACCUCCACCGCCACUGGGACCAAUACGCGGCGUUUCAUGAAAUGUAGGGCCAGGGCGGGAGCUGGGGCUGUGAAUCUUGCUCCGGGGACACCCGUCAGACCCACCAGUAUACUGGUGGUCGGCGCCACCGGGACUCUGGGGAGGCAGAUUGUGAGGAGAGCACUUGAUGAAGGCUAUGAUGUUAGGUGCUUGGUUAGGCCGAGACCAGCCCCUGCUGAUUUCCUCAGAGAUUGGGGUGCUACUGUUGUCAAUGCAGACCUUAGCAAACCAGAGACCAUACCUGCUACAUUGGUAGGGAUUCACACAAUCAUCGAUUGUGCGACGGGUCGUCCCGAAGAGCCCAUAAAAAAGGUAGAUUGGGAAGGAAAAGUUGCUCUUAUACAAUGUGCAAAAGCAAUGGGGAUCCAAAAAUUUGUAUUCUAUUCCAUCCACAACUGUGACCAGCAUCCCGAAGUUCCACUUAUGGAGAUCAAGUAUUGCACUGAAAAGUUUCUCCAAGAUUCAGGCAUAAAUCACGUCAUAAUUCGUUUAUGUGGAUUCAUGCAAGGGAUUAUUGGACAGUAUGCAGUGCCUAUAUUAGAAGAGAAAUCGGUAUGGGGAACAGACGCCCCCACAAGGAUUGCAUACAUGGACACCCAGGAUGUAGCUCGCCUGACCUUUAUAGCUUUAAGAAAUGAGAAAGUCAAUGGGAAGCUUCUCACAUUUGCUGGCCCUCGCGCAUGGACAACCCAAGAGGUAAUAACGUUGUGUGAAAGGUUUGCGGGCCAAGAGGCAAAUAUAACUACGGUCCCAGUUUCUGUCCUAAGAGUAACCCGUCAGCUAACUAGGCUGUUUGAGUGGACAAAUGAUGUUGCUGAUAGAUUGGCAUUUUCAGAGGUUCUUUCAAGCGAUACUGUUUUCUCUGUUCCAAUGAGCGAAACAUAUGGUCUUCUUGGGGUUGACGGAAAAGAUAUAGUUACACUGGAGAAAUAUUUGCAGGACUACUUUACCAACAUAUUGAAGAAAUUGAAAGAUAUCAAAGCACAAUCAAAGCAAUCUGAUAUUUACUUCUGAUACAAAGAGUAUUGUAUAAUUGUAAAUGAAGCGAUGUAUGUAUCGACAAGUCCGAUGAUACCUAUUAACUCAUGCAGAGGUAUUACACUUCAAUUGGGUACUCGUAGUUUUCUAUAGCAUCUCCCUAGAAAAAUUUUGGAGCAAUGCUUUCAACUUUCUGUGUUCAUAAGAUCUGUUGCCUACUUUUUAUGAACAUCCAUUUCUGUUGAUACUAUCCCGUGAAAAAUUGCGGUGAUAUUCAAGAUGUUUACUUUUCUUCUUGGCCAAGUUAAAUACAAAUGCCACUACUUGCGCUGC